AUGUCUGCGCUAGCUCCAAUCACAGGUACUUUGAAGAAGAGAAUUAUCACUGAUAUAGUUAUCGGUUUCAGUCUGGGAGGUGUAAUGGCAUCCUACUGGUGGUGGGGUUUCCACAAGAACGUUAUUGACAGACGUGAGGCUUUCUAUGCUGACUUGGCUGAGAAGAAGAAAGCUGAAAACUGA